UGAUCUGUGACGUAAAAGACUUUUGUUUCUGGUCGGUGCGUAAAAGUCCAUCCAUUAUCCAGGCACAUCAGAUAAUUUUCUUGUAUGUAAAUACAUACCUUACCUACUACUUAUUUACAAAUUACAUUAAAAAGACAAACAAGACAGAAUGGAAGAUUUGGAAACUUCUAUCAAUCAAUAUGAAGAACAAUUGUCAGUAGUAAGACAAGCACUCCAAGUUACUCAAGAUGUUGAUGAGCGCGAAUCGCUUUCCGCCCUGCAAUCGGAGUUGUUAGAACUUAUUAGCCUUACACAAGAAAGUUUGGAUGCUCAGCGAGACAAGCCAAAUGAAUCAAAAAGUAAUCCUGGGAAUAAUAAAUUAGACGGUGAAUAUGCUCUAUUUAUGAAAGAGAUGGCUGAAAGUGGAGCUUACCAAGACAAGAAUGAUUCACAAGAUAAAUCUGAGAAUAGCACACAAAAUGAAAAUGGAGAUAAUAGCGAUAUAGAGGAUGAGCUCGCUACACUUCUGGGCAUGAAGUGUGCUGUGUACCACACACACACUUGGGGUGGGCAGCCCAGUUUGCACAAUGCCAUGGUCAGCUCUGUAGUGCCCCGCCAGGAUGAUGAUCAAUUUAGUGACCUUCAGGUGAGAGUUUUGUUCACACAUCCCACACAUGCAGAAAUGUUACCAUGUCCGUUUUUUUUGAAUGGAGAAUGCAAGUUCAAUGAUGAACAGUGUAGAUAUUCACAUGGUGCUAUAGUACAGUUAUCACAUUUGAAGGAGGCAAUCGAACCUAACUAUUCUAGUAUAAAAAUAGGAAGCAGAGUAUUAUUAAAAUUAAAACCACCAGAUGAUGAGGAUGAUAUGAGCACAGUUAAAAAAUCAACAGAAAAGUAUCACUUGUGGCAUAGAGCUGUUGUAAAGGGUGUGGAUCUAGAAAAAAGGUCUUGUGUUGUCAAAAUGGAACAGAAUGUCAAGACUGGGGAUAAAAGAAAAUCUGCUUCUGACGAAUAUCAUGUACUGUUUGAAGAAAUAUUUCCUCUUAGUACUGAAGGUGGUGAAGAAACUGAUUCUGACGACAGUUUGAGUGACACUGAAUACCCGGAGAGCAAAACAGUGCGAACAGAAGACGAUAAUCGUGAACUGCUCAUUGAGUCUUGCCUACAGAACAAUGCGCCCGCCAUGGGCGAGUGGGAGCAACAUACUAGAGGUAUGGGAUCCCGUAUAAUGCUGGCGAUGGGCUACGUGCCGGGCACGGGGCUGGGCGCGGCGAGCGACGGCCGCCUGCGACCCGUUGAGGCGCGCGCCGUGCCGCCCGGCAAGAGUCUCGACCACUGCAUGGCGCUCAGCGAGAACAAGGCGGCGCAGGACCCGCUCAAAGUAGAACAAAAACUUAAAAGGCUUCAAAAGAAAGAAGAAGAACGCAAUAAAAGGGCUUAUGAAAGAGAAAAGGAAAGGGAGAGGAGAAAUGUAUUCAAUUUUCUGAACAACACUUUAGGAGACAAACUAGAAAGCUCUGAACAGUCUACUAGCGUGCCUUCUAUUGAUAUCAAACAAUCUACUAGCAAAGAUUUAAACAUAGAACAGUUUAAAUUAGAAGAGGAUUGUAGAAAGAUCGAGAAUGAAAUUCUAAAAUUAAAUAAUACUUUAGCUAAAUACCCUCAAGGUACAAAUGGUUAUAGAAGCAUUGCUAUGCAAGUUGCGGAAAGAAAUAAAGAACUCAGUGCGCUUCGAUAUAAGGAAAGGCAAAUAGCAAAAGAACAAAAACUAAGGAAGGAUAAACAGAAAAUGACUGUGUUUUAGCACAUUAGGUCAAUCUAUUGUAUACUUAUACGUACCUACAUAUUAAUAAAUAUUUAUGAUGUUA